GUAUGAUCCAGCAGUGUACGCGACGAUUUGGGGCUUUUGGAGGCAACCGAGCAAGAUAUGGCUGUUGCUGCAUGAGUUUCUAAACGAGAAUGAGCCUGUUCCUAAUAGAGCGCACUUGGCUUUAGCUCGUCUGGAGGCCCUGGGCAUCGUGCGAGCGGUGAUAACUCAAAAUGUUGAUAAUCUGCAUCAAGAUGCAGGGAGCAGACGCGUUAUAGAAUACCACGGCAAUCUCAUGAGUGUGGUUACUCCCCCUCUUUUUGCACUGCCUGCUCAGGCCUCGUGUUACCGGUGCGGAGCGAAGAUGCAGCUGACGAAGCAAAUGUGCGGAUGCGGCGGGUACUUCAAGCCUGAUGCGGUGUUGUUUGGAGAGGGGAUUCCGUCUCAAGCUGUGAGCGAGGCAAAUAAAGAAGCAGAUGCAUGCGACUUGCUGCUAGUUGUUGGGACUUCUGCUACUGUACAUCCAGCAUCGGAUAUACCAUACAGAGUCAUGAGGAAAGGCGCAAAGGUCAUUGAGGUCAAUUUAGAGGAGACCGGUUUGACGAAUCGUAUAUCGGACAUGAUAUAUAUUGGCAGGGCGAGCGAUCUCAUGCAGACGCUGCACCUGCUGGAGCCUUAUCCACCGGAGUCAGCAAGCGAAGGAGACUCUGCUGCUGCUGCUGCUGAGGUCCUCACCGAACCGAACACACGAACAGAAGCACAAGAACCCCCGGCAAGGGGGAGCAGCGACUGA